GCAGCAUUUUUCUGAGACACCAUGCUCCCUGGAGAGUGGUACACUUGUAUAACAUCUUAUGAAAUGGUGAUAAGAGAGAAAGUGGUGUUUAAUAAGUUUGCCUGGAGGUAUAUCAUCAUUGAUGAGGCACACAGAAUUAAGAAUGAGAAGUCUAAGGUAUGUAUCUACCAAGUAUGGUUGCCACAUUUUACUUCUAUGGUUUAACAUUUUGUGGUUGUGCUCUGGUGAAUUAACACUAUGUUUCUUAUCUUGUUUCCAGCUCUCAGAAAUUGUGCGAGAACUCCGUUCCUCAAAUCGGUUGCUCCUGACAGGAACUCCUUUGCAGAACAAUCUUUGUGAGCUGUGGUUGUUGCUGAACUUUCUAUUGCCAGAUGUUUUUAGCUCGCCUGAUUUAAGUUGCUCCUGUAUAAUAAGACUAAAUGUAUUAGGGAACUUGAAUGAUUUAUUUUUGUGAGACUAAUCACUUAUGCUGCUCAGAACAAAGAAAAAUUUUAGAAGGAGCUUACAAGUACUUGAAAUAAAUAAAGGUAACUAGCUGACUAGCAAGGUUUUAGUUUUAAGGACUUCAUUUAAUUUGUUUUGGGCUCUUUACUAGGAUUUGAUGCUUGGUUCAACGCCAAUUCCCUUGUGGAAGAAAACCAACUUGUGGGAAGUCUUCAUUUAGUUAGUACUGCAUGAUAUGAUAUAACUGCCAAGGAGACAACUUCAGUUUUGUGAACCUAAUUUCAUAUUGUUUUAAGUAUUGUCCAGGAUUUAUACAUGCAUACUAUACAUGGUCCCUGGAUAUUGUAUGUAUGAAAAUUGUCCUCAAAUGUGUUCAAAAUUUGACCUUGGAUGUCCUUAUUUCCUUGUUGUUUUCAAAUGUUGCUGCUUACCUGUGAUAUGCAAAAUUUUCAUUUUGUUUGCAACUUGGCUGCUCAUUUGUAAGGUUUUUUUAAUCAUUUAAAUCCCAUAAGUGACAAAAACAGAAUUUCUCCAUACAAUAUCAAUACAAUUCCAAGCAGACAAGUAACAAGAAUAGAGAAAAGUAUCAAUUAGUGGAUUAUUGGUUGAUCCAAUACCAAAUUCUCCAAACUAAUAUCAUAAGAAUUGUAAAGGGGCAGUAAGGAGAAGAGCUAAUGAGAUGUUGGGAGCUAAAGGGUUAGGUUUCUAACAAAACUGCUCUGUAACAGACUUCAGUUUAUAUUGGGCUUUUUGAGCAUACUCUUCCAUUAAAUAGGGAGUGGUAUUAUAAAAUUGUUGUCAAAAGGUGACUAGUUAUCUUUUCUCCCAACAUGUCAAAACGCUCGUUGUGAAUGUUUUUCUUUUUAUCAUAGGUUCUAAGACCAUUCCUAUUGCGUCGUCUCAAGGCUGAUGUUGAAACAGGACUUCUCCCAAAGAAGACAAAGAUCUAUGUAAGACUCGCAAAGAUGCAAAGACAUUGAUACUGCUUCCUUCAAUGUUCCUUGAAAUAAUUCCCAAUAAAAUUGUAGAUUUAAUUGCCCUUUACAUGUACAUCCUAUCAUCAGUAUGCAUAUUCUCCAUACUGUUCUCUAUACAUUCCCUGAAGUGUUGACAGGGAGAAUUUGUUUAACUGUCAAAAGCUUCUUUAGUUGAUGAUUAUUUCUUUGACACAGGGGUGAUAUUGUGAGGAGAAAUAAGUUGCUGGUCACUCUUAGGGUCAAGGAAUUAAUUGCAGGUCUCUUUUUAAUGGAAACCAGCCAAUAGUACACCAAAUCUGAAAUCUGCUUUAAAAACUGCAAAUUGCAAGAUGGUAACAUUAAAAACUGCUUACCUAACUCAACCAAAUUGUAGUCAUGAAAUUACCUAGGAUGAAAGCCCUUGAUGAGCAUUAUUUAUAAGAGGAUAGCAAUAAUCACUGAUAUUACUAUUGCUUAUUUAGGUGCACGAAGAUCUUGAUGAAGAAUAUUGAUGUGGUAAAUGGAGCUGGGAAAUCAGACAUGAUGCAACUAUUGAACAUUCUGAUGCAGUUACGAAAGUGUACAAACCACCCUUACUUGUUUGAUGGAGCAGAGCCUGGUAUGUAGAAGAGUGAGAUUCAAAGUGCUUAUGGUCUCUGUGUUGACUGAUGUGAUAAGAUUGGGAAGUUGACACAGGUACAAGGGCAGGAACCAUUUAUAUACUGACUUGCAGACUGAGAGGCUUUGUGAUGCCAGCUAGUAAUCUAAAAGACUGAGUGACUGACUUGAAGCCCAGCUGACUAGUUGACUGAUGACAAGUGGCUGGCUUGCUGGGAGAUUUACUAACUGACUUACAGACUGACUUAACAACUGACUCUUUUAAUGAUGAUAAAUGGUAGUUGACUGACUGACUUAAGUACUGACCGAGUAACUAUCAGUCGUAUCAAGCACAGGCUGACUGACUGAAUGGCAGACUAACUGAUUUCUGUGCUGACAGACAGAUCAAACCUACUGAAUAACUGGUUGACUGAUGGACCAACUGUCCAAUUGACUGCCAAUGGACUGAUUGGUUGUCUAGCUGACUGACAAAUUGAUCGACAGACUGACUGACUAUAUAAACAGACUAACUGAUUGAUAGAUUGAUCAACCCUUUAGCCCCUAAAAGUGAUAGGUAUCUAGUUUCUCCCAUCAGUAUCACUUCUGAAUCAAACAAUAAGCUAAUAAGAAUAAAGUAAACAAAUUCUCCUCAUAAGUACUGCAGGAAAUGUAAAGAGAUUGAUAUGGAGAACUUGGAUACUGAAGUUAGAGUGUUAGGGGUCAAUUAGUUGACUGAUUGAUGGAUUGAUUUUCCUAAAGGUCCCCCAUACACAACAGAUCAACAUCUUGUAGACAACAGACUGUCUACUGUCUGUGGAAAGGAUUUGAGUACUGCUGUCUGGAUGGACAGACACUGCAUGAGGAGAGACAAUCAGCAAUCAGUGCAUAUAUAACAUGCCUGAAAGUGAAAAGUUUAUUUUCAUGUUGAGCACCAGGGCAGGUGGUCUGGGGAUCAACUUGGCCAUGGCAGAUAUUGUGAUUUUGUAUGACAGUGAUUGGAACCCUCAAGUGGACCUGCAGGUUAUGGUGUGUAGCAGUAUAUGUGAAUUUUGAUUUAGUACUCAUUCCUCAGUAUGGCAUCAUGCAUCUUUAUCUCGCAUACAUGUAGUGUCUUGUGGAAGUAGCUCACCCAUAUUAAGUGACUCUCCACCAUGUGCGUGCCAUGAUGGACAGUCACUUAAUGCCCACUGAUCAAAAGUCUGUUGAACUCCAAAAGAGUCCAAGCUGUCCCAAUACAUUACAAGUAAUCGAUGAAUUAAUAUUAUGUAAUGGAUGUCCAGAAAACUGCUGUUAUGAAGCCUUUUAGUCAAGGAGCAGUUGAUGUUAAAAAAUAGAUAGAAGAUAUUUGAGUCUCCCUCAAACUCAUCAUUGACUACCUCAAACCAUUAAGUCAGAACAGCUGAUGUAAAUGAAACCGAACAAAAAAUUUAUGGGGUGGAGACUAAAAUUCAUUUCUUUUUGAUCCACUGAUUGUUUUAUUAGAACAGGGGCCUUACCAUCCACUUUGGAAAUCUUUUUCUGCAUUAACCUUGUGAAAUUAGGAGUCCAUUGUCUUCCAUUUAUGCAAUACAUAUUUACUUAUCUUAUGACACACUAGUCUUACUUGUACAUGCAAAUCAAGUAUGACUUUUUGUUGUUACCAUUAUGACAGGAACUUUGUACAAACAAUUUAUUGACUUCCCUAAGCCUCUGAUUGCUGCAGUGAAUGGACCUGCGGAGGGAAUAUCAAUAAAAAUCAUGGGCCUGUUUGGCUUGAUCUAUGCACGAGAUAAAGCUACAUUUUACACACCAUUUAUGGAGCUAGGACAAAGCCCUGAAGGAUGUUCCUCAUUUAUGUUCCCAAGGAUAAUGGGACCUGCAAAGGUACAUUGUCUUGCCUCUAAUUUCUGUUGAAACCUUUGUAUAAGUUGUUGACUUGAAGAGCAUAUUUUAAGUUAUUGUUUUAAUUUGUGAAAUUACACCGUGAAUUCUUCUUCUUCUUUAGUCCAAUGAAAUGUUGCUUUCUGGAUGCAAACUGACAGCAGUUGAAGCAAGAGACUGUGGAUUGGUUACAGAUGUUUUCCCCCAUGACAAGUUCACAGAAGAAGUUCAGAACUGAACACAAGCAAUGGCCAAGCUGCACCCCCCCCCCCCCAGGUAGAAAAUUGAAUUGUAGAAUUUCACAGCAGGGUGCCCUCUACAAUGGAGUUGUUGUAGCAUUUGGAGACAUGCUGGUCAAAGGAGGGGGAGGGGGGUGAGGGAAGGGGUUUUUUGUGUAAUCUCUUAGAGAUAUUCUCAGCCAUAUGGCUUCUCUCGAUAAAUUGUUGAAAGAAGCCUGAGAUUAAAACUUCAGUGUUAUUAUGUGUAUUCCCUUCAGCCUGAAAACAAUUAAAGGCAUCCUGCUUUACUCAAGUUUUAUUGUAACAUGCAAUCAUAGUGAUGAAGACAGAAGAGGAGUUUCCCCAAUUUUAUUUAUCGAUUCUAAUUUUUAUCACGGUCAUUUAUAUUUGACUGUAGAUGGUAGGGGCUUUGAGUGAAGCGUUAAUAUAGACGAUCAAUCAAUGUUUUAUACUAUCAUUCAAAAAGUGAUCUUUUCUCUCGGUUUUUUUUUGUGUUCACUUUACAGUCUCUGCUGUUGUCCAAGCAGUUAAUACGUGAUUCAUUCCGGGGUUUGUUACAUGGAGCCAAUGAAAAGGAGAGUGCUUUACUUGAAGAACGAUGGCUUUCAGAAAAGUGUAUGCAAGCCGUUAUGGCUUUCAUUCAGAGAAAAUCCAAAUUGUAGCCCAGCUUUCAUUUCCUUGCCGCAUUGAAAUUAGGGCUUUAUGACCUUUAUCGAACUCAACCACGAUGAACUGAAGAGCUUAAAGUUUUAGUGUUGCUUUCUAUCACCCAAUCAAGUAGUUUUAUUCGCAGUGGAUUGUGUUUCGAGGAAGGGAAGAGGGGGAUGUCACUGAAGCAAAACGGCAGCCAAGGAGACCAGUCAAGUGGCAACAAAAGCAUCAAACUGUCACGUGAUAGAAAUCGUGGGACGUUUGUCACAUUGGCUGAUCGAUGUUAAGGAUUUUUUAAAUGUUAAAUUCACUCUUUGCCAAUUAUUCAAUUGUUAAUUGGCUAUAGUAAUUAAUCUUAUUUACUGGUGGUAUGUUCAGUCAAAAAAAGUAAUUAAAUGCAAUUGUUGAAACUGGA